UAUCUGCAGGAGGGCUGCGGUGCCGGAGAGCCAUGAGGUUGUCAGGCCCGGUUGUGUCCGGUCUCUUCUGUAUCUCUGCCCGCCCGAAUGUUGCCAGGUCACUGUGCCCCCGUGUACUCGGCUGUACAGACCACCGGGUCGCACCGCAGCACAGGAGAAGUGUUCACCUCUCCCCAGUAUUCUCCGCCAAGAACCUACUCCAUAAAUUCUCCACCAAAACCAAAAAGAAACCCUGGUAUGACAGUCCAUCUUUUUUUAGGCCUGAUGAUAAACCACAUGGGUUAAUGAGUUUGAUGAAGGCAGAACAGAAGCAAAAAUGGGGAAAUAAUGUUCGUGUUAAGAUUCUGAACUCAAUUCUGUACAAAGCUCUGACUGGCCUGCUGAGCACAUCAGAAGUAAGCGAUGAGGUUUAUGAUCUUCAGGUUGUACUAUCGAAGGUGUCUGUAACAGCAGAUUUUUCAGUCUGCCGUGUAUAUUGGUUAACCAGCAGCAAUAAAGAAACUGAUGCUAAGAUUGAAACAAUUCUUCAGAAAUAUGCUCAUCGUUUUCGGCAUCUCCUCAUAACUCAUCAAGUUCUCGGAAAUGUUCCAACAAUCGUGUUUUUAAAAGACCAAGAAGAUGCUAAAAGACAAGAGAUUGAAGACCUAUUGGCAACUCUAGAUUUUGGAGACCAUAAUGACUCUACAAUCAAAAGUGAUGACACUCCCAGGAACUUGGAUUCGACAUCCCUUCAACCUCAAUUGUCGACUCCUAGUAUGUUUGGAAUUGACCAUACAGAAUUGAACAAGAAAAUUGCAGAGUACAAGAAAGGAAUGAAGGUUAAGCAAACAGAAAAUGAAGCCAUUGAAUUUUCACAGCAGCAACAAGAACAGCUGGCAGAGAUUAAGAAGCAAAAACUACUCAAGAAAAAAUUGAAGAAGGAAAAGUGGGUUGAACGCAAUCCCGUGGACCCAAAAAACUAUUUAUUGGCUUUAGACAAUGACUUAUAUACUGACAAUCAAGAGGAGUAUGAGACAGAACUUGAAGAAAACAUAGAGGGGAAAGAAGAUGAUGGAAGCAAGUUAAAUUGAGCAUCUGAGAUGGCUUAUUUUUUUCUAUGCGAACGUUGAUAAUAAUACCUAAUAGUACAUUUUUAUACAAUUUAAGGUCAGUGUCCGGGUGCUCAUGCGUUCUGAACAGUCGGAGCUGGAGGCUGUGAUCAUGACAUUCCGCCAUGCCCUCCUCCCGUAGACAUGGAGGGGGCAUGGCCGUGACAUCAACACUGCCACAGGAAUCUGCCAUUUCUUUACAACGCAGGGUGCUGCGGUAGAUCAUGGGGGGCCCCAGCAUUGGGACCCCCAUGAUCAGACAUCUAAUCCCCUAUCCUUUGGAUAGGGGAUAAGAUGUCUAGCAGUGGAGUACCCCUUUUAAGCACAGAUUUCUGAGAACUGGGUUAAUUCACUUCUGCACUGAAAGAGCUAAAAUGGGGCUUCCGGGUAAAAUUGUUUAUGGUCUAACCAAAGAAUAGGCUACCAAUAGUUAAUCGGCUUUGUACCUUGUAGCGAUGACACUGGGUUACUGCAGUGCAGUGCACAAUCUCAGGAGAAGGCUAUGUUCCUGUAACAAGUGUCAUUACUGUGAUAAGUCUGUAGGCUAUUAAAAUGAAGAAGAAAAAAGUAUAAUUUUGGAGCUAUAGGAUAUAUUUUGGUUACACGUAUAACUAUUUCACUUGUUGGAGCCUUGUAUGAUGGCUUUCAUAUACUGUUGUUUUGACAUGUUGUAUAAAUCACACCCCGAGCAUCUGAAAGUUCUCAUUUCUAACUUUACUCCCUUCUAUUUUCUUGAUGAAAAUUUCACGUCAUCUUCUUUAUACACUUUUUGUAUUUGCUGCAUUUCGAUAAUAAAUUCAUG